AUGUUUGGCCCAAUUGAAGGGAGAAGACAUGAUUCUUUUAUGCUUGGUGAAAGUGGUCUGGAGGAUCAACUGAGAAACAUAGCAAAGCCAGAUGGAGAGCCUUAUGUUUUGUAUGGCGAUCCCGCAUAUGGUCUGACAAAUAAUAUCUUGGCACCAUUUAGAGAGGCUGGCCUGACUGCAGCAGAGAAAGCAUUUAAUAGGGCUAUGAGUAAAGUUCGAGUAAGCGUUGAGUUGGGAUUUGGGAAAAUAGCACAAUAUCUUGCAUUCUUGGAUUUUAAAAAGAAUUUCAAGAUUCUCCUACAGCCUGUUGCAAAAUAUUAUAUUGUGGCAAGUUUGUUAAUCAAUUGUCAUACAUGUUUAUAUGGUUCUGCAACUGGAAAGUAUUUCAACUUAGAUCCACCUUCAUUGGAAAGAUACAUUUCAAAUACAUAA